CAAGGAGCAGUGCGCAGCGCGAUUGCGCUGCGGAGCCGGAAAGGAGCCUGAGACCUGGUCGAAGCUGGGUUGAGAACUAGCGGAAUCCAGAGGCUCGAGGACUGCACCUCCCCCACGGCCCUGCACGAUGAUCCACAGUCUUUUCCUGAUCAACUCUUCUGGAGACAUUUUCCUGGAGAAGCACUGGAAGAGCGUGGUCAGCCGCUCCGUUUGCGAUUACUUUUUCGAGGCUCAAGAGAGAGCAACCGAGGCAGAAAAUGUGCCUCCGGUCAUCCCCACCCCUCACCACUACCUCCUGAGCGUUUACCGACACAAGAUCUUCUUUGUGGCUGUGAUCCAGACAGAAGUCCCACCUCUGUUUGUCAUUGAAUUCCUUCACCGAGUAGUUGACACGUUUCAGGACUAUUUUGGGGUCUGUUCUGAGCCCGUGAUCAAAGACAAUGUGGUGGUGGUCUACGAGGUGUUGGAGGAGAUGCUGGACAAUGGGUUCCCCUUGGCUACGGAGUCAAACAUCCUCAAAGAACUGAUAAAGCCUCCCACCAUCCUCCGGACAGUGGUCAACACCAUCACAGGAAGCACCAAUGUGGGGGACCAGCUUCCAACUGGGCAGCUGUCGGUGGUGCCUUGGCGCCGGACGGGGGUGAAAUACACCAACAAUGAGGCCUAUUUCGACGUGGUGGAAGAGAUCGAUGCCAUCAUCGACAAAUCAGGUUCCACGGUCACCGCUGAGAUCCAGGGGGUGAUUGACGCCUGUGUCAAGCUGACCGGGAUGCCGGACCUCACCCUGUCCUUCAUGAACCCCAGGUUGCUGGACGACGUUAGCUUCCACCCCUGUGUCCGGUUCAAGCGCUGGGAAUCUGAGCGCAUCCUCUCCUUCAUCCCUCCUGAUGGCAACUUCCGCCUGCUGGCCUACCACGUCAGUGCACAGAACCUUGUUGCGAUUCCAGUCUAUGUCAAGCAUAGCAUCAGCUUCCGGGACAGUAGUUCACUUGGACGCUUUGAGAUCACAGUGGGACCCAAGCAGACCCUGGGGAAGACCAUAGAGGGUGUGACCGUAACCAGCCAGAUGCCCAAAGGAGUCCUGAAUAUGAGCCUCACUCCAUCUCAGGGGACACACACGUUUGACCCCGUGACAAAGAUGCUGUCUUGGGAUGUAGGAAAGAUAAACCCGCAGAAGCUGCCAAGUUUGAAGGGGACCAUGGGUCUCCAGGUCGGAGCUUCGAAACCAGAUGAGAACCCUACAAUUAACCUGCAGUUUAAGAUCCAGCAGCUGGCUAUUUCUGGACUCAAAGUGAACCGUCUGGAUAUGUACGGAGAAAAGUACAAACCCUUUAAGGGCAUAAAAUACAUGACGAAAGCCGGCAAAUUCCAAGUCCGGACCUGAAGGGGACAUCUCACCGAAGGAGCAGUCACGGACACUUUUUCAUUUCUUACUUGUCUAAAAGUAAAAUGUCAGCCUGUGUCUUAGGUCCGUUCCCUCCAGACUCCAUCUGCUCCCUGUGUCCUCCGUCUUCAGCCAAAGAAGUGAUGGAGGGAGAGAAGGUUCACCAGGGGAAACGCGGCCAAACCCAGCGCAGCCCUGCCUGAGUCCCUGAGGUGUGGGCUGGAGCCCGUGACACUGCAUUUCACCACUUUUACCACAGGUGCCGUGGGGGAAAGACAGGCCGUUGAUGUUUGGUUCCAGUCACCUAAACCCAAUGGAAAGAGCAGUCGAGAUUUGAUUUGUGGGUCUGGGUUGUAACUCAGUGAUGCUGACCUGGGGUCCUGGGUGAGGCCCCGGUUCAUUCCUGGAACCGCCCACAAUGCAAGACAGAUCUGCUCUGCGAGGGACAGGACUGAGAGGCUGGUGUGAAGAGAGCUCUGAAGAGAUGUCGUAGUGAAGGGUUGGCGAGAAAAGCUAUUGGAAUCUUCCUGGGGGAGAGGGGCCAGCGGCGGAGGGGACUAGGACAAGCCCAGUGCAGUGGUUUCUUUCUGACCCCUCUCAUGUGUAGAAAGGAUUUGCAUGUCCAGGACUUUGAUGUGAAACCGCAGUGGGAUCAGCUUCCCUUGGAGACUAAGCCUGGCUCUUUAGAUCCUCACUGCUGUUUGCGCUGGCCCAUUGUUUUGGUGGGAAGGUUACCUGCAGGUCUUCUGCUGGUUAUCUGACUCCUCAGCGGGAUCGCCCCCAAAAUAGCAGCGCGCUCGGUGCAGGCAGAUUUUAUGAAUGAUAGUGGUGGGGUUGAGGCGGGAAAAUUCACCUUCCACAGUGGACCAUGCCUGUGCUCCAUGACCUCCAUUAAUGUCCAUGAGGCCAGACUGGCCCUACGCCUUGCUUUUUUCUGUCUGAAGGUCCCAUUGGAAUCCCUGAGUGGGUGUGAGCCCACUGAGGACAUUCAUGAGCUGCUUCCCACUGUCUGUACUUGUCAUCUACAGCUCCCAGACAGACAGCUCCUAGAUAGAUGGACAGCUCCAAGUCUGCUCUUACAAUCCCCCCCCCCCCAAAAAAAUGUCUUGAACCUCUGAAUAAAAUUGAUACCAUGGGAGGUCAGGCUGUGUUGACCAUGAGUGGCCACCCAAUUUAAACCAGGCAGCUGAAGGAGCACAGCUUUCCUACGGAGUAUUCUUAAUCUGUUUCAAUGUGUCCGUCCAUUUGUCAUUUCACUGAAUACAUAAAAGGCGGGUGGGCGUGUUGUUUUUAAUUUACAGCUUAGGGGGCUGCUUUCUCGCUGUGUUGAGCCUGGAGGGAAAAAGAGGCGGGCUUCCUUCAAACUGCACGGCUCUCCCCUAAAGUCCCAUUGCUGAGUACUUGGGCUUCACUUAUUUAUUUUCUGUUGUUUUGGCUGGUGUUACCCCGCUGUGGCCAGCACUUGUUUUUGCUGCCUCAGAGUAGAGUUUCUUUGUGGUUUCCUUGUGGGGUGAACUGUGCUGUGUACAAUCUGAUGUUUCUUACCAGGAUCUAGACUAGUGUAGCCCCACACCCUGCCGCAGAGGGGACACCUUGCAGGUCACUUUCACAGGCUCUGGGGGGAUUCCAAGUUUUCUCGGGUCACAGGGAACGAUGUAUAUCAGUCCCUGAGUAUAUUUAGGUUCGUAAGUGCAGCUCGUUUAUUCCCUCAAGCACAGUAUAGCUUGUUUUUCUAGGAAGAGGCUAUGUUAGAGUGUGGGAUCUGCAGACCUAGAUGUCGUGGAUACUGCCAAGCCUCAAUGUCCCCACCCGGUGAUUGUCAGCAGGGGUUGUGCAGGGCAUCUCGGUAGCUGCGCGCUCCAUGUGUGGCUCAUGUGUGGAAGUAGCAUUUCUGUUUGAGUCUUAAUAAAGCUUUACCAGUCCUGA